AUGUCGACGCCAAAUGACGAAAGGCCAGAGCCUACAUAUCACCAACCAUCAUACCACCUACCCUCGUAUAACGUCAACCCCCACGGCGAGCGAUCUUCGGAUGAAGAAGGCACAGUCGUCGGAGACCACGGAGAACACAGAGACCACAGCAACCACAGCAAUCACAGAGAUGAUUAUGGCGAUCGAUACCACGACGACGAGCACGAGGGACCUAUUGAUCCCCGCGUACACCGCAUGGGCAGCCACCUUACCGUCGACACUGCCAACGACCCUCACUACCACCCUCGACUCCACGACAUGACCUCGCCCUCGCAAUCGCGCGAAAUGGCCAACAGACUUGAUGACGACCUGGAGUUGCUCAAGAUUGAAAGACAGAUUUCGCACGACAACGACGUCGCGACUCGGGAUGGUGCUUCCCACAUGGGUCGUCAGCGUUCCAGAAGAGAUGACAUGAUCGACGAGUUCGACAUUGCUACAAACCCCAUCCAUGAGCAAACGCAAAUGUACAAGCCGCCUCAAGAUCCGGUCGGCAAGUUCUCCAAGUUGAUCAAGAAGAUCCACCACUCGAGUUUCUUGGUCCGCUAUCUCACAUAUAUCCUUCCCGUGGUGUUGAUUCUCCUCAUCCCGCUGUUGAUCGGCGCACUUGUCAGCCCUGCACAGAGUGCUAAGGUUGGAGGUGUUGAGCUCAUGUGGUUCAUGAUCUGGUUGGAGAUUGUCUGGCUUACACUGUGGGCUGGUAGACUUCUCGCAAAAUGCCUUCCCUACCCGAUCGGUCUUAUAUCUACUAUCUUCACCAACAACAGCAAGAAAUGGCGUGACAUGGGCAAGCAGCUCGAACUUCCUGCUACUCUGUUCUUCUGGUGGCUUGGUGUCGAGGUUUCUUUCUUGCCGACCAUGAAGAACCACCAAGCCAAUGGCAGUCGUGCAACUCAGCCCUGGAUGGGAACCAUGAACAAGGUUCUUGUAGCCCUUUUCGUCGGAAUGAUUCUUAACUUUGUCGAAAAGAUCAUUAUCCAGCUCAUCGCCAUCAGCUUCCAUUUGCGUACAUAUGCCGACCGUAUUGAACUGAACAAGUUCCAAAUCGGCAGUCUUGUCAAACUUUACACUUUCUCCAAAGCAAAGAUCGCCAUGGAGGACUCCGAAUUUGAACAACCUUCUGGAGUAGAUUCUGGUGCCCGUACUCCUGGUCGCUACCUUCAGGAAGCUCAGAAGCAGACAAAAGAAAUCUUCAACAAGGUCGGUGAUGUUGCUGGCAAGAUGGCUGGUGACUUUACUGGAAAGUCUGUUACUAAGAGCACUCACCCUCACCAAGUGGUUCUGACGCUUCUGGGUUCAACAAACGGCAGCCAAGUCCUUGCUCGUCGUCUUUAUCGUACUUUCGCCAGACCUGAGACUGAGACGGUUUACAACGAUGACCUGAAGAACGCUUUCGAUAACGACGAAGAGGCUGAGGCUGCUUUCUCCAUGUUCGACAAGGACAUGAACGGUGACAUUUCUAUGGAAGAGCUGGAAGCUGUCUGUGUUGAGAUUGGUCGCGAGCGCAAGUCUAUCACUGCCUCCUUGAAGGAUCUCGACUCCGUUGUUGGCAAGCUUGAUGACAUGUUCAUGUUCCUUGUUGCUGUCAUAACCAUUCUGGUUUUCAUCUCACUGAUCUCAACUUCCGCUGCUGGUGUUCUUACUUCUGCCGGUUCCACCGUCCUCGGUCUCUCUUGGCUUUUCUCGGCUACUGCAACCGAGAUCUUGCAGUCCAUUAUCUUCGUCUUUGUCAAGCAUCCUUUCGAUGUCGGUGACCGUGUUACCAUCUACGGAUCUACUGGUGCCACUCUGACUGGUGAUGACUACUUUGUCAAGGAAAUCGCACUCCUUUACACCGAAUUCAAGAAGAUGGAGGGACACGUGGUGCAGGCACCCAACAGCUAUCUCAACACUCUUUUCAUUCUCAACCAGCGUCGUUCCGGCGGUCUCGCCGAAGCCGUUCCGGUCGUCAUCAAGUUCGGUACCACCCUCGAACAGAUUGAAAGUUUGCGCAACCGCCUGCUUGAUUUCGUCAAACAGGAGAACCGCGAAUACCAGGGCAAUAUUCUUACCGAACUCCGUUCAGUCACCGAAGUCCACUCUCUCACUCUCAACGUCGUCUUCUUCUACAAGUCCAACUGGCAAAACGAAGGUCUUCGUCUCGCACGCAGAAACAAGUUCAUUUGCGCUCUCAUGGUCACCAUGCAAGAAUGUGGUAUCGAAGGUCCCCGUAUGCGCUUCCCUGGUCAGAAGGAGUCCUUCCCUGUCUACAUGCAGAACAUUCCUCACCAAGCUACACCUGGUAUGGGCCGCAACGGCCACCCCGACAACCCGACUGGCUGGCAAGAAGGCGAAAGCCAGGAUCCUCCCUUCGUCGCUCCCGCUGAGGGUCCUAUCGGCGGUCGCGCCCGUCAAGGCUCAAUCCUCCGCACUGGCUCUACCGCACGCCGCGGUCACGAAACUCUGGCUCAAAUGAACAAGCGUGUUGACUUCUCUCUCGGCAUGAGCGCCGAGGCAGCAACAAACUACAGCGGUGAUGUCUUUGAAGACCGCAAACCUCGUCUACCCAUCAGUGUUACCUCACCAUCGCCCGACAAUCGCAACAGAACGUCCAACGACACGCAUAGAUCUACUGAUACCGGCCGCUCGACCUCCCGCGAUAUCGGACCUGGUCGCCUAGCCCGUCGCUCCACUGAUGCUUCCACAACCUCUCGUGUCACACACCGUAACCGAUUCUUCGGCCGCGCCCGCGGCAACACCAUUGAUGAGCAAGCGAUGAUGGAGAAGGGUAUGGCAGACAUCCCCGAAGACUCGCCUGGUGGUGCCGGCACUAUCGACCCACGCAGUGGUCUUGUCUCUGGCGCAGCAUGGAGAACACGCACGAACGAGAGUAACGUCGUGAGGAAGAGUCAAGAAAGACCCAGAACCGGACAUACCGCCGACACAGCAGGUCAUUCGGUCGCUUCUGGCGGCCUGGAUGGCCCACCUCAAUUACACCCCGGAGACCCUUCGACCGAAGAUUUCGAGAUGAAGAGGUUCCACUAA